AUGGAGGCCGAGGCGCGGACUGCAUAUCAACCGAUUCAUCCGUUACUUCGACCUCUCCUGGACCCUGAAUAUGUCGCCUUUCACGACGAGCAUCUUCAGUACGUAGUCCCGUCCGAAGCGGAAGCUUGGGAUCCCAACAGCCGGAAUAGACCGUCUCCGUUGGCUCUCGGUGGCCAGGGCUUGGUCAAAGUAAGUUCUGUGUAUGACAAAGAUCUUGGAACUUUCCAGGUCCGGGUGUUUACACCAGAGGGCAAUGCACCAGAAAGUGGGUGGCCGGUGCUCAUCUGGUUCCAUGGAGGUGGAUGGGUAAUGGGUGGGCUGAGUAGCGAGAACGGUUUCUUAAGCCAUAUCUGCAAAUUCGUGAAUUGUGUAGUCAUUUCAGUCAACUACAGACAUGCUCCUGAGCACGUCUAUCCAGCUGCUGCUACCGAUGUGCUCGCGGGAUACCAAUGGAUCGUGGAUCCCAAGAAUGCGAGCACGCUCAAUAUUGACACAUCAAAGGUAGCAAUAGGGGGCCUGUCAGCCGGCGGCUGUUUGACAGCAAUCUUGUCACUCAAGGUUUCGCACGUGGGGAUCUGGCCAAGGCCCAUCUUCCAAAUGAUGCUCUGCCCGGUGAUUGACAAUACUGCAACUGUUGAAACUGCAUGGUAUGGCUCUCGCAAUGCCCCCUGGCUCACGCCCUCGCGCAUGACUUGGUAUCGGGAAAAGUAUUUCUCGUCUCCAUCCGAGGCAGCAAACUGGGAUGCAUCUCCGUGCUUUGCGCCGACGGAAAUCUUGGCCAAGAGUCCACAAACUUUUAUUGCAGUCUCAGAGUGCGACCUACUUGCACCGGAAGCCAUGAAAUUUGGCGAGAGUCUGAGGGAUGCAGGUGUCUCAACUCGGGUCGAGAUAUACAAGGGUGGCACACACAGUAUCUUGGUGCUCGCAGGGUAA